CAGCAAUCCGAAGGUAGUCGGGAAAGACCGAGUGCUUUGCAUUGUGGGAAAAAGGAGCUAGUCGCCAUCUUGCUUUAGCGCUGCAAGUUUUCAGGACAGAAAUAAUAACCACGUUCGAAUGAAUAUUUUUGGGACAUAUGAGUCUUUUAGCAGUACAUAUUGAUCUGAUAUUGUAUGUAGUUAGGUGUAAGUGUGUAGGUGGAACAUCGUUCUAUUUAUUGGGCUAUUUCUAACGGUAGAACUAGCUAGCAACGUUCGACUUAAGAAGGUAGACAUGGGUCGCUCGAGGAGUCGCAGUUCGUCGCGUUCCAAACAUUCCAAAAGCAGCAAGCAUAGUAAAAAACGGAGCCGGUCGCGUUCAAGGGACAAGGAGAGGUCCAAGAAGCGAUCCAAGUCCCGCGAAGCGAAAAGAAACCGGCGCAGAGAGUCGCGUUCUCGUUCCCGGUCCGCCACAGCCUCGACCCGCAGGGAAAGGGAGAGAGCAGUAACACCGCCGGAGAGAAUCGACAUAUUCGGUAGGACGCUCAGCAAGAGAAGCGCCCUGGACGAAAAACAGAGAAAGGAGGAGGAGGAGAAGAAGGCAGAGAUGGAAAGACAGAGAAAGAUCAACCCCCCACCCCUCUUUGUCUGCGCACCCCCGCCGUGCAGCCGCCAGGUGGAGAUCGAGGAGAAGCUGAUCGAGGAGGAGACGGCGCGCCGCGUUGAGGAGCUGGUGGCCAAACGGGUGGAGGAGGAGCUGGAGAAGCGCAAGGACGAGAUCGAGCGGGAGGUCCUGCGGAGGGUGGAGGAGGCCAAGCGCAUCAUGGAGCGCCAGCUGCUGGAGGAGCUGGAGAGGCAGAGGCACGCCGAGCUGCAGGCCCAGAGGGCCAGAGAGGAGGAAGAAAAAUCCAAACGGGAGGAGCUGGAGAAAAUUCUUGAGGAGAAUAACCGCAAGAUCGCCGACGCUCAGGCCAAGCUGGCCGAGGAGCAGUUGCGUAUCGUAGAGGAGCAGAGAAAGAUUCAUGAGGAGCGGAUGAAACUGGAGCAGGACCGCCAGCGACAGCAGAAGGAGGAACAGAAAAUGAUCCUGGGCAAAGGGAAGUCCAGACCCAAGCUGUCCUUCUCCCUCAAGGCCACCGAAUGAGCCUCCUCCUCCUCCUCCUCCUGCCCUCAUCAUCCAGCACUCCCCUCCGCCUCCUCUGCUCUGGAACGCUGGCUGCGUGUGGAAGGCCGAAGGGAGCACAGACCACGGCGCUGGGAGAGGCACUGCUCCUCUCGUGCCGCGCAACGUCCUGCUCUUCAGGCCUUCCCCUGCUGAGGAAGGCGAGACCCACCCCCCGUUAAACACCUGACUGUCUAGCCAAAUGGAAUCACCCCCGCCACCCGUCGCCUCCGAAACCCACUCACCGCCCCUCAAAUGACUAUUGUUAGUGCUUUUUGGUUUUAUUUUUAUUAAGGAUUUGAACUGUUGUGUAGAAAGCUGUCACUACUUGAUCCUGCUCUUACUUAGGUCUUCGGUCAACAAGCGGUUGAAUGCCCUCUUCUUUUUUUUUUAUAUACAGUAAGACGCUAGGAUUUAGAGAGAGAGAGAGAAAAACAACUCAUAAUAUGGAUGGAUGAAAGUGUGUCCCGUUGAUGUUUGUGAGAAUGGAGUGGUUUGGGGGGGGUUGGCCUGCGGUGUCCUGCACCGGGUGUGAUCAGUGUAGGACGCUGACCUCCUGGCACGGUGGCGUGGACUGUCAUUGUGGCGGCGUAGCUCAAAGGUUUGUGUCUUACGCCUCAUGACUGCCCCCGAGCCGUCCUCGCGUUCCAACAACAGCCAGUUCUGUAGUUCAGCGUCGGCUUGGAAGUGCUGAGCGAACGGAGAGACACCGUUGUGCAGUUGAACCCAGGCCAACAACCCCAAACCCCCCCCCCCCCCCCCAGCUACUUCGGGCACGCUGCAGGGUCGGGCACAGGAUAAGGGAGUCUCGUUGUGGUCAGGAGGGUGGGGGGGGGGGGUGGGGACAUUUCCUGUAUGAUGUAAUGUUAGAAUCGCUGUGAUGUCACACUGCUGUGAGUUAAUGUAUGAAUUGAGUCCACACGACGACAACUACAGAAAGACUAAGUCCCAUGGAUGUGUAAUGUGGCAUCAUUUCACUGAACUCCAGGUGCAAGUCUGCAAGUGAAAUGUGCUCUGACAUCCUGUCCCAGCAAUGAGCCUCUCUGUACCUUUAGUUUUGGUGUAGUAUAUUUAACCUCGCCCUAAAAGGGUCCCCCUUCAAAUGACUAUUGGUUCGUAAAAAGGAUAUCCAAGUCCAGGUAAGAUUGACUAGCUAGCUACAUGUUGAGGUCUGGCCAGGAGUGUGCGCGUGUGUGUGUGUGUGUGUGUGUGUGCGCGCGUGUGCGCGUGGCUGGAUGUGCGAGUGAUGGUUAAGUCUGGCCGACCUCUGGUAGGCCUGAGGGGCUUCUUGAUAAAGUGAAACUUGUCUUGUGGUAAUUUCCCCGACUUGUUAAUGGGGACUGAACAAUUCACCAAUAAAUCCCUUGAAUGCGUA